AUGGCAUAUUCUUCUAAUAUAUUUGAAGCAAGCGACGCAAGGAAGGAAAAGGACACCUUGUGUGGAAUUUGUCUGGAAAACGUCAUAGAGAAAGAGUUUGAGUCGGACAGAAAGUAUGGGAUAAUGCAGAAUUGUGACCACACAUUCUGCUUCGGCUGUAUCAAAGCCUGGAGAAAUGUGAACCAAGACCUGCCUCCCGAGCUUCGUCGACCCAAGAAGAGCUGCCCGACGUGCCGAAGGGAUUCUGAUGUCGUCGCUCCGUGCCUUAAACAAAUCACCGAUCCGAUGGAGAAGGAGAAAUUAAUUCAGGAAUACAGAAUCAUGAUGAAAUGCGUCGACUGCGAAGUGAACAAGCAACACGGUGUCUGUCCAGAAGGUGUGAACUGUCUCUAUCGCCAUGACGAAACAAAUGUUCAACCAUCUCCUGCAAGAUUUUCAUCUAGUGAAAGAUUUCAUCAUAGAAAUUCAACGAACUUAUUCGGACUCACCAACGUCAUUUGUUUGGUAAACUACGAUCAGCUCGGGAACCCCCGCGCUGUUAUACGGUUAGACGGUGUGUUAGACAGUCUGCAGUCUCAAAUUUGA